AUGGGCGACUUGAUUGUGGUCAAGACCUCGGUAUUGACACCCGAUAAUUUCGACACGACCAUCGCCCGUGGCGUCUGGUUCAUCGAGUAUUUCUCUCCGUACUGUGGUCACUGUAGAAAAUUCGCUCCGGCCUUGGAACAGCUUGUGACGAUGAGCGCAGAGGGAGUCAACUGUGCAGUAAAUGGAGAUCUCUGUUCAGGAAAUGGUAUCAAGGGAUAUCCUACGUUGAAUUUGUACAAGGAUGGAAAACUUGUCGAGCCGUUCAAGGGCUCCAGAGAUCUCGACAUUUUGGUGUCGUUCAUCAAGAGUCAUGCGCCACCACCACCGCCGUCCCAGCAACAGCCCAUGGUUGAGAAGCUCCCGAAUCCAAAAGGAGUCGUUUUGUCACUGGAUGAUAACACAUUUGAAACCACCCUUUCCGAGGGCCCUGCUUUCAUCAAAUUUUUCGCUCCAUGGUUCAAAUGCGAGGAUCACAAAGCUUUAUGCACCUCCCAGGAAGUGCAAGGAUAUCCAUCACUAAUGUACUAUUCUAUUACUGGCGCCAAGAAUGAGUACACAAACGGACGAAAACUCGAGCAGCUUGCUGCCUUUGCUGAGAGGGCCAGCGGCCCGGCCAUGAAGGCUAUCGACCCAGAAGAUCUUGAACAUUAUAUCGCCAAGGACGACAUCAUCUACGUCCUGCUUCACACCGAUAAUGAUAUCGUAACCUACCUGACCCCCACCUUCUCUUCUCUCCUUGGCUCGCCCACCGUCUACACCAUCGCGAACGCCUCUGAAUCUCUAACUGCUCGAUAUUCCAUCCCCGCCUCAUCCGCUUGGUCUCUGAUCGCAUUCAAAGAUCACGACUCUGACACACCGACCUCUGUAUACACUACCAUGGACGUCAACGGCGUCCUCACCUGGCUCCUUGCAAACAGACUACCAUCGACAUCAGAGUUGACGCAAGAUACGUUUCAAUCGAUCAUGAAAGCUCCCUCCCACCCGCUUGUUGUUCUUGCGGGCGUUUCCGCAGAGAAGAAGGAUCUCGUGAAGCAGAGGUUCGAAGAGAUAUCCGCGUCCUUCCGUUCAAAAAGUAGUGUAAACCGAGAGGUCGUGUUCGCAUGGAUGGAUAUUGAACGGUGGAAGGACUGGAUGAAGAGCAUGUAUGGAAUCAAGACACGGAGCAAGGCAUUGGAUGAUGUGGAGGUGGUUAUUGCUGAUCAUCAUGCAUUGAUCUAUUGGAACGUCGACGCCGAGGGAAAGCCUAUCAAUCUAUCGAAUGAGAAGGGGAUGUUCUCGGCUAUCGAAGGAGCUGCCAGGGGCAAGAUUACACCCCUACAUUCUGAAAAUACUGUGGAAAGACUAGCGAGGUAUUUAAAUGGCAAAGCAGUAGCCAUUGAAGGCUAUGUGGUGAACAAUCCACUCCGAACGGUCUUUUUCGUUGGUUUUGGCUUUGUCGUUGUUAUUCUUGCUAUAAGGAGGUGGAUUUUGUCGGAUCUCCCGGAUGAUCGCCAUUAUCGAGGCAAGGCCGGUCGAUUGGAUUGA